UUAUUUUCGUCCUUGUUAGAAAAAAUAUAUAUAAGCGACAUAUUUCAAAUACACGUAAUAUUUCAUAGAACUAUGAACAAUCGCGUAAGUUCUUUUAAUUUUGUACAAUUUGGCGGAUAUACAUUUCGUAUGGUUACCCGACUGUCGUAAGCGUGAUAAUAACUAUUAAUUGUUAGAACGGGUACCAAGUAAACUAACAUGGUGGAGAUGUAGACACGCUGCUGCGGAAAAUUUUCUUUUCAAAUGAUUUUAACUUAUUCACGAUCAACACGUUUGAGAAAAUUAAAAUUCCUUGGGAGGAGAAUCAACCACCAGUGUACAGAAUCAGACGGCUCUCUAAAUUGGUACAAAGGCACCGUGCUUUCUGUUUCUUCUGGAAAAGACGGAAAUCCUGAUGCAGUAUAUGAGGUGCUAUAUGAAGGUGAAGACGCGUCAUAUGAAGUAGAUUCUUUGAUCAAAGACUAUAAUGAAGGCACCUUAACUUUCAUAGAUUUGUAAUGGUAAUGGAGAUUCAGUGUCACUAAAAUAGAUGUUACUUUAAAAGUUUUCAUUCAUCAUAUCACAUAUUUAUCAUUGGAAGGAACUUUAUUUUGACAUACAAGUUACAUGUGCUGCAAACUGAUUCAGUUUAUGAUUAUCUCUGAAAAUAAAACGCCAAUGAAUAUAGUCCGCAUCUUCAGAAACAGAUAAAAACAAUGCAAACAUCUGUAAUAGCAAAGGCACUGGACUCUUUAGGAUAUAAUAAAGAAAUUGUUGAAAAACGUUCAUGGAUAGGAAAGAACAUUUCUGAAGGAUCAACUUUAUACCACAGAAGAAAAUACGGAGGGAAUAUUGAUGUUUUACUGACAGGUAGUCGACGUGAAGGUCUUGCAACAUCAUUCGACAAUGACGUUGAUCAAAUGUUUGUUGAUAAAACGGUAAUGUGCACGGAAUCUAAACAAGACGCUCAAUGUAAUAAUGGUAAUUAUCAUGCCGUAUUCCAUAUUGAUAUCCAAAGGUCUCCACCAGGCUAUACAUUUCUCAAGCUUUUUCGGAAGAAUACAGCUGAUAUUCCGGAACAUUUAAAAGAUGCAUUAGUGGAAUACAACGGGUCCAUAUUACUUCGAAACGAUAAGGUAACACUGAAAGCAGUUUCUCCAUUGCUUGGCACAGUGCAAAAACAACUUGAAAAAAGAGGAUGGAUGAAAAAAUCAUUCAAGUUAAAUGUUGAAAAAAAUGGACCGUCAGUUUCGUUCUCGUUGUCUGUACCAUACAUAGAUAUUUCACUACAAUAUGACGAUUGUCUAGCUUUCAAAUGUAAUGCUUCAUCGUUGCUGAAAACGUGGUGCAAUCGAGACAGGGAGCAUGACUGGCCACCAAGAAAUCUUAUUGCAAGAAUAAAAGAUAUGACCGGUCAUGUUGUACCGGUUGGAAUGAAAGGUCAUCCGGAACAUUUUCUUCAAUGGCGUAUAUGUUUUACCGAAGCAGAAAUUGCAAUUGUACAAACUUUCAACGACACUCAGAUCAAAGUCUAUGCUAUUGUGAAAAAACUUUCGAAACGCUUUUUCAAGCCAAUAUGUCUUGGUAUAUCAUCUUAUGUAAUGAAAAAUAUUAUAUUUUGGAUAUCAGAAGAAAUGCCAAUGGUAAAAUUUGAAAUGAAGGACUUUACAGAAAGAAUACACCAUGUCCUUUACUUCCUGAAAACAUGCAUAUCAGAACGCAAACUGCCGAGCUAUAUGAUUCCAAACCGUAAUCUUCUGGAAGGCAAAGUGAGCAAUAAGCAACAAAGUAAGCUUCUUGAAAUUAUCGAGUGUUUAAUGCUUGAAGGACCAUGCGUCGCUCUGAGAAUCCCAGAGGUUUUAGAGGAAGUCACUCAUCUUAAUGAAGACAACAAGGAGACGAUUCUACCAAGAAGAAAUGAUUUUAUUGAACAAGUUUAUCUGGCUCCGUUUGCAUUACCACCGAAUGAUACGGCAGAUUUCCUUAUGGUAUUACUAGAUGAACCGACACCAGAAAAAAUAUUAGAUCGGUAUAUGAGCCAUGUUGUCCCGUAUAUUAGGACACAUAAUCCUCAAGGUUUUUUUAACAUUCUUGUUCAUGGUGAUAAAUGGAUAUAUUAUCUCAUUAGGAAUUUUUCAAAACUUUAAGGAAUAUAUGUGCGAACGAUAUGUGGUUAAGUGUGUAAAUCGGAUACGAACAUAUAUAAAUAUAUUUGACAAAGAGAAUAUUAUUUGGCACUCCCGACUGUUAGCUUUUUCUCUUUUACUAUUUUUAGAUCUCUACUUUUAUUUUAAUUGGCAAAAACAUUAUAAGAAAUGCAAUGCAUUCUAUCAUCGAACAUACUCUUGGGUGGUUUAAAAGUUAUGUAAGCUCACUGAAAACGAAUUGUUAAUUGAUUAUUAGUAAAUAUCUUUAAUUAUCAACAUAUAUCGUACCAAAAUGAUCGUCAUUUUGAGCUAGCAUAUUGCUUUACAAACUCUUUAUGUAGCAAACUCUUGUCCAACGGAAUGAUACUGUGUGCACACAUGAUGUGUUUGGAAACAAUCGAAUUUUCACUUUUCAGCACCUAAAUACGAGACUAACGUUAUUAAUUACUUUUCCAAGAAGAAGAAAAACAAAUUAUAAUACAUUAAGAAUUAUAACAGACAGAUGAAGGCAUAGAAUAGGAAUAAGAUGUGUGACUUUAUAAAUAGCAAUGUCAAACAACAUUAUGUAUCAAUAAACACAUAAAAUACAAAAGUAGUUAAAACAACUUUAUAUUUCCAUUUUGUUCCUUAAGAUAAAUAGCUUUUUUGUAACACAAGAAGAUAUUGGCUAUGAAAUAGUUUCAAAUUAAAUCAAAGGAAAUUCACAGACAACAAAUCGUAGAAAUACUAUUUUAACUGUUCAUAUAAUAAUCCAAAUUGAAACAAAAUUGAUAUAAAAUAAAGAAAGUGAAAACACUUUGAUUUCAAUUUGUAAUAAAUAAAAAUCACCUAUUGAAACGGUAACCGGGGUCGCUGGUUUUAUGUUUGGGCGACGCGAAAUUUCUCCUUUGACAAUUGCUCUAAAGGUCCUUUAUCUGUCACUCUUUCAAAGACUCACUUAGAAAUCAUACUGGUAUAGUAGUCAAUCUGUUGCGGAGAAAAUUGUUAUUACUGGUUAGUUAUCCAUGACAUCCGGUGAGGUGAACCUGCCUUCGAGAUAAUGCCAUAAAUGUAUUUGAUAUCGGCUUAAAAACCAGACAAACAAACAUAGUUAUAAAUAAUACCUUAGGCAAACAAACAUAGUUAUAAAUAAUACCUUUAAAUAAAAGACAAUAAGAAAAUCCCAAUUUGUUAAAAAAUGAAAUUAACCGUUACAGAAAAUAAAAUAAAAUUGUCAACCUAAAAUGAGUAUAUAUUUGAUGAUACCGCUAAUAAGGAAUUUAAAAAAUGCUAGCAUAUUAAAUAUUUGUGUAAAUAUUAGCGUAGUAGUUUAAUUAGCAGUGCAUGAGUACAUAAGACUUGAAUAAUAUUAAGUAAAUUAAAUUUUAAUUGUAAAUGAAUGAUAGGAUUUAAGUAGUCUGAAGACAUCUAAAUGUAAAAUUUUGUACUAGCAUGAUUGCACAUGCUUGCAUAUUAUCAUUGUUUUUAUGUCGUUUAUUGCUUAUCUAUUUUCGUUUAUGUUUCAUUCAUGUUUUGUUUAUUUUCAUUUGUAUUUUAUGUUCUGCUUAUGUUUGCUGUUGGUUGUCGGGUUUAAUGUUGUCUUGACCAUUGAUUAUGUGGCACAAUACAAUAACUACUGUUUUUGUCUUCAUUUCUUCGCAGUGGCCCCUUUUGAUUCGCUAUACAGACCAGUGCCAUCAUAUUUUUUUAAUCAAAAUUUUCAUACAUUAUAAUAUAGAAAAAUUAAUUUGAUUUUGAUUUAUUUUCUUAUAUAUGUAAUUGAAUAAUAACUUUCCGCCAAUAGAUUGCUUAAAUUGAAUAAAGAAAAGAAAAUGAUAUAUAUUACCAUGUGAAUAGUUUUAGCCAAGUACGUAACAGGUUGUUAUUCUUAGUAAUGUGAAAGUAAGAUGUUUAAAAUAUAUAAAAAAAAUGUUUAAAUUUUUGACUGAAAUUUUAUUGUGUUAAUGGAUAAGUUUGGUUUUAUUCUUUUAAUGAAAACCGAAAAUAACGUUUGUUUUUGUCCCAAUUUUUUUGUCAACUGAAACAGUGUUCUUUGGUGUAAGUAACCUCCAUUUUGAAGUAACGUGCCGUUUUCUAUGGUCACGUGCAAAUCAAUGAGAGAAGUUUGCAAUGGUCUGAGUAGUUAAUAUAAUGACGCGUUUUGAUAUUCACGUUAUUUCUUUAUUUUUAUUGUUGUUACCACAGUGUUAGAGCAGAAAAGCGCUGGUUUAAAAAAAAAUCUGACCGGAUUUACUUUGUAAAUGUCUGUCUUUGUUAAAGUCAUAAAUUCAAUCCCAUUUCUCUCAUCAUUUCUUGAAAACCAUAAAAUGAAUAAAUAAGCUAGAACCUUGAUAAACUACAAAAAAUAUAUUUAACUUGAAAUGUCAAAAAUAGAUUUUAAAAAAAAGAGAGAGAUAAAAAAAACAGAUUCUCUAAGCUUUUGUAUCUUUAAUUCAAUUUUGAACCGAAACUAACUUAAAAACUGUGUAAUGAAUUCAGUUUACUUUUUAAUAUAGUUGGAUGGUUGAACGACUAUUCUAAGUGAUAUUUCAUUGAUAAAUUAUUUAUAAACUUUCAAAGUGUGUUUCUGGUAGGCAAUCUAAAGAAUGUAUUACAUAUUUUAAAAGUAUCAAUCCAAAAAUCGUAAUUUAUAUCGCAUAUAAAUUCGUUUAUGUUUUAUUAGUAACCAUCACCAAUUUCUUUAAGAUAUGUAUUUCAAGCCUAUACUGUAACG